AUGGCUUCAAUCACCCAUUCUUCUUUAUCAAGAAAGGCUCUUCAAUCCAUUUCUCUACAAGCUCGCCAUAUUCGCCCAACUCUAAACUCCUGCACCCCGCGACCCCCGACACUAUUCCAAACACGAAUCUCACCAUCAGUCUUCAACACUAGCCUUACACCCACAACAACCCGCAAAUACCACUCAGCCCUUCAUCCACGCCUCCCAGACUAUGAUUACACAAAUAGCCAAGCUGCAAUCCUAACUGCGGCCCUCUCCCAUGUCCCAACCCACGGAUUUACAGCUAUAUCCCUCACCCUCGGCGCCCACGACGCAGGCUUCCUCGAUGUCUCGGUCCAAUUGCUUCCCCGCGGUGAAUUGGACUUGAUCCUUUUCUGGCUUGCCAGUCGUCGUGGCCUACUACGUGGCAAGGUUGAGGAGGGUGCACUGUUCAAUCGCAUUGCCGCUGAGCGCGGCAUCGAACCACAGGCUCUUGGGGUUGACGAGAAGAUCAAGGCGCUUAUUAUGGAGAGGUUAAAGAUGAAUGACGCUAUCCGGGAACAAUGGCAAGGCGCUCUAGCCCAUAUGUCUUUACUCGGAAAUAUCCCACUCUCCAUAGCAGAACUCCACGCCCUCUCAAAUGAUAUUCUCUUAUUGGCUGAUGACCCUGCUGUCAACUCGGCUUGGUAUACCCGCCGCGUAGCCGUGUCAGCCGUCUAUGCCAGUGCUGAGGUUUUCAUGACUCGUGAUACUACGGCCGAUCUGUCAGAGACUGCAUCUUAUGUAGAGCGUCGGUUCGAGGAUAAGGAGGCUCUUGCGCUGAAGUUCAACGCUGUUAGUCAAUGCAUUGGGUUUUUGAGUAGUUCUGCUAUUGGGGUUGGGAGGAGUUGGGGGCUGAAAGUUUGA